AGAACAAUGGAAAACACAACAAGCAAGUCCUCCCCAAAAAGACCCUGUAAAGCCCCUGUUCAGACAUUCUUAGAAAUGUUUGAAAAAUGUCCGGAAUUUUCGAGAAUGUCCAGAAAGGGUCUAUUGUCCGUUUAACAUUUUAUAGACAUUUUUGGCUCUACCAGUGAUAGAGUUAUUUGUUGUUUAUACAGGUGCCACGGUUACACAAGCACCUGCCAAAGGUGAUCAGCACAGAUCCACAGGUGUGCAGGUUGAACAGGUGACAUCACAGCUGGCCUUGCUGCACACUUCCCUUCAACCUAAAGACGUACAGAGACUAAGAGCAGGGAGCAUCUUGUCUACAGCAAGCACUGAUUCAGCAGCAAGCCUCCUAUCAACGAGAACUACACAUUCAACAGGAACCAGUCAGUCAGCUGAUACUGGAUAUGGCACAGCUGCUGCAAGCAUCUUGUCAGGGGAUGACAGGCCAUCUUCUGCUUUUAAGAUUAGAGAUGAUGAAGAUCCCCAAGUAAACUUGAAUCUCCUCCUUGCUGAACUGAACACACCUGCUGUAAAGAGAAACAAGGCACAACAGCUUGACCUGUACUGUCAGAUAGGGGAUCUCCACAGGACAAAACUACACAACUUACAGUCAGCUCUGCAGUAUUACCAGAACAUGUUAGAGUGUUCUCAGGAACUGACAGAAAACAAUAAAAAAGACCAAGGCCUACAACAGACUUGGUCUAACCUAUGGUAUGUUAGGUAAACAACAAGAGGCCAUUACAUACCACAAGCAAGCAUUGCGUAUCUAUAGAAUUGAGUUAGAAAGAGAAACUGACAUUUGUGUAGCUUACAAAAGCCUGGCCUCAUCAUUAGCAUUGUCAGGUCAAGUGUCAGAUGCAAAAAGUAACUAUGAAUCAGCCUUGGCUGUUACCAUGGAGACAGGAAACAAGACUGAACAGAUGGACAUUUACUGUAAGCUGGGUGAUUUACACAGGGUACAGCUACAUGAACCACAGGAAUCACACAAGUACUACACAGAGAUGUUGGCACUAGCCAGGGACUUGGGGAGGAAGGAUAGGGGAGGGCUGGCUUAUAACAGACUUGGACAUGCCCAUUAUGACAUGGGGGAACAUGAGGAAAGUUUGGAGUGGAGCAAGAAGACUCUGAAGAUGAGACAAGAAAGUGGAGAUAAAACUCAACAGAUAAUAGCACAUCAAAAUAUAGCUGUUUCCUACAAGGCACUGGGUAAACUGGACCUGGCCAGAUCUCACUAUCAAUCAGCAAUGACCAUCGCCAUGGAGACAGGAAACAAGACUCCACAGAUGGACAUUUACUGUAAGCUGGGUGAUUUACACAGGGAACAGCUACAUGAACCACAGGAAUCACACAAGUACUACACAGAGAUGUUGGCACUAGCCAGGGACUUGGGGAGGAAGGACAAGGAGAGUCAGGCUUACAACAGACUUGGACGGGCCCAUUAUGAAAUGGGGGAGCAUGAGGAAAGUUUGGAGUGGGACAAGAAGGACCUGAAGAUGAGACAAGAAAGCGGAGACAAGACUGAACAGAUAACAGCAGAUAAAAACAUAGCUGUUAACUACAAGGCACUGGGUAAACUGGACCUGGCCAGAUCUCACUAUCAGUCAGCAAUGACCAUCGCCAUGGAGACAGGAAACAAACAGGAACAGGAGGACAUUGCCAAGAAGCUGGCUAAUCUGUAACAAUACAGUACUGAUAACAACUUUACAGUACAAGACUGUAUAAGACUGUAUAAAGUAAAAUGACUAAACUUGUUUAAUGACAAUAUACAGGACAAAACUUUACUAGUACUGUAUUUAAAAAAUGGAAACUGGUUUAGUUUUGCAGUAAAUUUACAAGUCACCAGAAACAGCAUUUUACUGUUUAUAUUGUACAUAUUGCAAAUGCUAUCUGUAUUGCUGUAUAUGGGACAUAAUAUCUUGUUGAACAUAUACUACCUCACCUUUGUUGUAAAUAACACAUUAGGAUAUACCUUAACAAAACUGUUAAACAGAAACAGAAUGUAUUUAGUGAUUCACAAUUAAGACACUGUGCUAUGUAGAAUUGAUUUUAAAACUGAAAAAAAAAUUGAGGCUUAUUUCUACUCCAGUCCAUAAUUAAAAUGAUAAAUUUUAGAUAUAUUCAAAGUAACACUCAAUGUUGGAGAUAUGAUGAGUACAAUGUACAA